AUGCACUUUGCAAGUGGCCCACCAAAGGUUUACUCGCUUAUACCCCAUGUGGAGAGCGCGGACGAACGCGUAGUGGCAGUGUCAGCAAGUCCUGUUGGGAACUGUACGGUUGUUCUUUCCCAGAGGCGUUUACACCUGUGGACAUGCACCAACGAUGUCAUUUAUCUCGGCUCGUUUCCAAUACCUAGCACUACCGACGACGAUGAUCCAGCAACCCAAAUACUGUGGCAUCCCAGAGGUCAGCAUCUUGUUGUCGCGACGUUGCAGAGACGCGUCAUCUUUUUUGAAGUUUCCCUCGACAUUAAGAACGCGGAGGUGCUGGCGCCGACGUACCACGAGCAUUCACUCUGUGUGAGCUCCACUGCCCCGCGUGUUCGCUUUGCAAAAGAGGAACGCCUAGAAGCUGGCAUUGUGACAUCAUUGACGAUGUGUGGGCCGAACUGCUUUUUCGCAUGCACAACCUCUGGAGUGGUUUGUGUCAUUGGUUGGUUUCAGCAGAAGCUUUUGCACACGUGGAGUUACCAUUCACUGAGCAAAGAAAUUUGUUUCACAGCCACCGGGGAUGAGGCUGCGAACAAAGGCGUGGACGGAGGUGUGGAGUUGUCGUGCAAAGAAGUUCUAACUGGAACGAUUAUUGACGCCUGCCAUGCCUCUCCACUAAAACUGACAGCACUAUUGCUUUCAAGUGGAUACGUUGUUCUCGCCCGAAGCAAAGUGGGAAGCGAUUUCACAAAGGAUGACAUUGCCUUUUCAGGGAAGUGCAGCGCUGCGCCGUGUGCUGCUCGUGUGGCAAUAAAUUCGAAACACAUGUUGGUCAUGGUGGCCACACACGCAGGGGAGGUUGCAUGCAAGCGGAUUGACGAGGACCUCUCACUUAGACCAUUUUGGAACGGAUUGAAGUGUCUAAAGAGUGUGAGACGGAUUGGGCCUAUUAGUGACCUUCAGUGGAGUCCGGACGAGGAGGUGCUGUGUGUCGGUUUUUACCACCUCGGUGUGGUACUUGUUCAUUACAGUGGGGUGUGCGUGUACUCCUCACUGCAGGCUCCCUAUACACAGCACUGCAUCAUUGAAGGGUGCGCUUCGUUUUCGUGGAGCAGCCACAGUCAUCGGCUUUUCUUGAUUGAGCCACAAGGUAAGAAUUUGACAGCAUUGGACUUCAAUCAAAUCGUUUCAAGUCCAAGUGGGGAUACGAAGGGCUGUUUUACCCCUAUUGUUGCUUUCGACAAUGAAAGAUUGCAUCUAGCGGGGCACUCCUCGGUGGUGGGUGACCUCACACUGAACGACCUUGUCAAGGUGCAUCCGCAAUAUGCAGCUGAAAAUUAUCCAUUGACACAUGGAGCAGUAAGCCCUGACGGGGCUGUUGUGGUGUUGGCGGGGAGGCAUGGCUUUGUGUUAUUCGACCGCUUCACGCGGCGUUGGCGUGCCUUUCGUGACAAAAGUCUGGAGCGAGAGAUGACCUGCGUGGCACGGCCGCUGUGGCUUAACAGUGUUGCUGUGGUGAUGCCUGUUCGAAUGGUACGCUCACGUACCUACGCGCUGCGCGUGUACGCUCACGGAUAUCUGGAUGCAAGUGCACUACUGACACAUCUGCCGCUAGAGCGGAUGCCUCUGAAGGUGUGUGAAUGUCAUGGGGAAGGCCACGAUACAUUCCUUAUUGUGGUGGACUCGUCUAAUUCACUCUUGGUCUGGCGGUGUAUUAUCUCAUCGCGACGACCUUCUUCCACCCCCGCUGUUGGUGUAUUACUGGAGUUUAUUAAGCGUAUAAAAUUGCCAAGCAGCUUUCAUAAUCCAGUUUCAAUAACCGCGAUUCAUCCGAGUCGGUUACAUCCCCUGCGGACGACGCAUUCUUCACUCCCGAAAUCAAUGAACGGAAAUGAAACAAGCCUACCUCAUGCCUUGUUUAUUUUGCGAGGCUCCCACGCCUUGGUUGCACUUGACCUUGGUACAUCAUCGGAGGUGCCAGGGGUGUCACUUUCGUUCACGACCCUUUGCUCCAAAAGCGUUUACUGCCUUUGGAUUGACUCUACGGUGCCGAUGGAUGGUAAUGCAAUUCUUCUCUUCAGUGAAAAUGGCGUUGAUCUGUUUCACCUUCUCAGUUCCAGAGAUGGUAUGGACUGUUUCCCCGAGGUAUAUAAGUACAGCGUGGAGAACUUUGACUCGGACUAUCUUCCGGUUGGGCUCUCCACUCGCGACGGCUGCCUCCUCACAGCUUCCAGGGCGAGUGAUGUCUUCAGCUUUGUUACCGAUGUGCCAUCUAUUGCGUCCCCACGCAUUGCGGUAAAACCUCUUCUGUACAACUAUCGUGUUUUGACAGCGUUGACGCGCCUGGGCUCGCCAAGUGCAGAUGUACUUAAUGGAAAGCGUGCUUCGUGUGGCGCUAUUCCCUUUUCCCCUCUUGUGUGGGGUGAUAGUCUGUUCUACUGGCUUGAGCGAAUGAGAUCAAACGGCACUUUUGUUCCUAAUAUGGAUUACUUUCUUCACACCCUCAUUGACGAGACCCCACCAGCGGGUAUCGACCACCUGGAUAGGAGGGCCGCUGUUCAGGCUACGGUGUCGUUACUGAGGCGGUAUUCCGAGUUCUAUGGUGUGGUUGUUAGCUGCGUGCGGAAAGAGGACGUUUCCCGCUGGCGGGUUGUUCUUGACGUUUUAGGAUCCCCAGUGGACUUUUUCCGAGAGUGUGUCGAAAACCAGCGAUUUGAGGAGGCUGCACAUUUGCUACGUGUCAUUAUGCUGGAUGGAACUCCGUCUGACAAUGGCGCUUCGGCAGAGUCGUUGGCAAACGCAAUGACGUGCGCGGCACAAUUGCUGAUUUUUGCCGUGCGGCAGCGAAAUGUUCAUUUGGUUCAUGACUUACUGCGCUUUACUGCGUUACUGCACGUGGAGCUGGUUAUGCCUACGGUGGAAGGAAGUGAAAGCGCAAACCAUGACAUGUGGACAAGACUUUGGAGUGUGGUUGGAUUUCAGCGGGAUUCAACAAGUGCGUCCGUGUUGGAGAAAGAGCCACUUCUAUUUCUGACGUCAGAAGAGCUCCAGUGUGGGUCAUCCAACUCCUGUGACACAAUGCGGCGGCGCUGCGCCAUUGAAUUCAUUUUCCGGAACUACCCAGAGGUUAGGCAGGCCGUGGAGUGUGUGGCCACGGAGUCGCUCCUGUCGGGGCAUUUGGCCAUGCUUCGGGAGAUUUUACAGGAACUCUUUCUGUCUCUGCCACAAUUUGUUAAGGUGACGACGAGGAAGAUGACGAUGGAGACAGGCUUAGCGUUUAUUGGUGCGAAUAUGAAAGAAGAAGGGGGGCUGGAGGAUGAGGAUAAGAAGAACAUGAAGGAAGAAGAGCGAGCAGACGGUGGAGCAAGGGUAUCUGCAGGUUGCGCCCAUAUGCGGGGUCUCUUUGGUGGCAUUCACGACGAGUUCGGGCUUCCUCGAAGUCUGCGGUGUAUGGAGAGCUACCACCAUGUUUUUCUAUCUGCCUCUGCUGCAGGGACCGAGGGUACGUGUGCUGACACUACGCUGUGGACCACUGCGCAGAGCCACCUCUACUCCACACCUGGCGUGGCGGAGGCUUUGCUCAAUUUGCGUGGCCUGUACGCUGCAUGGAACGAAUGCGUCUUGGCUAUUAAUGUCGUUCUUAUGAAUGAGGCUGACGUUAUGCAGCAGCUUCUGAAUUGCCCUACGCUUGCUCAGACAUUGCACUAUCUUGUUGCAUGUCCAGAGAACCUGGCCUAUGUGGGCUUCGUGCGGCGUUGUGUCGAUGGCAGUCUCCCAGCGCAGUUGCCACUGCCCAAAUAG